AUGGCCGGACUUCAGAAGCUGCUCGUCACUUUGCUCGUCUUCCUGGGCGUCACCUUCGUGUACUUCGCCCAGACGGCGGAGGCCGCCAAGGGCCCCAAAAUCACCCACAAGGUCUACUUCGACCUCAAGCAUGGCGAUGAGGACCUGGGCCGCAUUACUAUCGGUCUCUACGGCAAGACCACUCCCAAGACUGCGGAGAACUUCCGUGCUCUUGCCACUGGCGAGAAGGGUUUCGGCUAUGAGGGCUCCACCUUCCACCGUGUCAUCAAGGACUUCAUGAUCCAGGGUGGUGACUUCACCAACGGCGAUGGUACUGGCGGCAAGUCCAUCUACGGCCAGAAGUUCCCCGACGAGAACUUCAAGCUCAAGCACACCAAGAAGGGUGUUCUCAGCAUGGCCAACUCUGGCAAGGACACCAACGGCAGCCAGUUCUUCAUCACCACUGCCAUCACGUCGUGGCUCGAUGGUCGCCACGUCGUGUUCGGCGAGGUCCUCGAGGGCUACGACGUCGUCGACAAGGUCCAGAAUGUCGCGAAGAAGCCGGGCGACAAGCCUGCGGUGGACGUGGUCAUUGCCAAGAGCGGCGAGCUGGAAGUCCCUGAAGAAGAUACGGCUGUCGACACAGCAGAAAUGGUGGCAGGAGAAAGCGAGGAGGGCAGCGCAAAGGUGGAGCCCGCCAGCAAGACGGAGAUCAGCAGCUCCUCUACCGGGUUGAGCCCUGGGCAGAAGUUCUUCGGCUUGGGCGUCAUUGGAGGGCUCGUCUUCCUCUUCGUGCGGUACCACCAGUCAAGGGCUGAAAAGUGGGAUAAGACCAUGGCUUGA